UGUCUAUGGUGAUGGGUCUCCUUUGUUUGGGAGGAGUGAUGUCAUACCCGUCUGAUAAUUUGAUACAGGGAAAGUUCCCCUCUGACUUUAGGUUUGGCAUAUCGACAUCAGCUUACCAAAUAGAAGGAGCCUGGAAUGUUGACGGCAAAGGGAUGAGUAUCUGGGAUAACUUUACCCACAUCCCGGGUAAUACUAAAGAUGGCGCUACUGGUGAUAUUGCAGACGACAGUUACUACAAAUACCCACAGGAUAUCCAAAUCUUGAAGGAAUUGGGAAUCAAAAACUUCCGGUUUUCUAUCUCCUGGCCCAGAAUUCUCCCAGAUGGCACAUUAGACAACAUUAACCAGGCGGGAAUAGAUCACUACAAUCGGGUUAUUAAUGAUCUCCUAGCCAAUAACAUCACUCCGUUUGUUGUGCUCUAUCAUUGGGACCUUCCACAAAAACUCCAAGACAACGGCGGUUGGUUAAACGAAACGAUCAGACAGAGAUUCGCCAAUUAUUCUGACCUCUGCUUUCAACUUUUUGGAGACCGGGUUGAUCAUUGGAUUACGUUUAUAGAACCAUUUAGUAUUUCAUGGAUUGGAUACGAAGUCGGUACUUUUGCACCAGGCGUUAAAAAUAAUACGGCUGUUUAUGUUGCUGCCCAUAAUAUAAUUUUAUCACAUGCACAAGUUUACCAUAACUACAGAGCAAAGUACGCUAACGGUCGAGGUACGUAUUACAUGCACAUGUUUACCAUAACAACAGAGCAAAGUACGCUAAAGAUCGAGGUACUAUGA